AUGAUCUGGAUAUUUUCGAUAUUUGUGACAACUGUUUUCUCACAGAAUGAGGUACAAUUUGGUUUACGCGAUGGGAGUGAAACAAAUAAACAUGAGAGCAAUCAAAGAAGAACAUUAGAUGAGAAUGACAAUAGUAAGGACGAAUCCAGAUGGAAUAGAAGGAAUAGUAUGGGAAAUGGUUUAGAGACAGAUAUUGGGUCAGGACGUUUCAAAUAUAAAUAUAAACGCAUGAAAGCUAAAGGUAUCGAUGCAAAGGGGAAAUUUCGAUCACGUGGAGUUAGAGGUUAUGGUAUGGUCUCGUCAGAAUCCUCACAAUUUCUAAUUGAAGAGAGUUUGGAUAAAUAUGGUCGAGCGAAACCUAUUAAAUCAAAAUUCAAAACUUAUGGAAAAAAGAAAAAAUAUUCUAAAAAGAUCGUUGAUGAUCAAUUUGAUACUAAAGGUAAUUUAAUUGAAGAACGUAAAUAUAAACAAACUGGUAAUUAUCAAGCGAAUGGUACUCAUCUUUACAUCGAUUUGCAAACACAAAAAGAGUUGGAUGAAAAAUGGAGAUUAACAACGAAUAAUAGUGAACGGCAGAAUGAAAACUCAAGUACGAGUGUGGACACUCAUAGACGUAGUCGUGAAACAGAUAAAAUUGUCCGCCCAUCAGAAAGAUUAUCUUGA